UAGUUUGCCCUUAUUAUGAGCCAAGAGUUGGCAACACUGUCGACCGAGGACAACGUAGCUGGAGAAGAUCAUCACACAUUGGAGCCAAGGAGAGGAGUGGCCGUUGCUGAAGAAGCCGUCAUCCCAACUCAAUCUCUGUGCAGCAGCCCCGGCCGGACGGACGGAAGCAUGACGACGAUGGACGCCAGCGCCCUGCCAUCGGAGCUGCUCGUAACCCCGCAGCCGCUGGUUGGCUUCUGUGGGUUGGACACGGCGCGAGUGGGCGUGCACAAGGCCGUUUGGGAGGCGUUUAGUGGGAGUUUGCAGCGCAAGGCCGCCGACCGGGCGGCGGUCCAGUACAAACUGCUGCCGCCCAACUACGAGUUCCCGGUAGCCAAGCCCAAGCGCGCCUCCUACGAGUGGUAUCAUCCGAAGGGCAUACUCAAGCGAAACUGGAUGUUAAAGCAUCUGCACGUCCUGCCCUCGGUGGUGGUGCUCUUCCAGGACAUGGAGUGGAACGACCUGCAGUGGACGGAGAAGCAAGUGCAGUGCGCCGGCAUUGUCCAGGCGCUGAAGAAUGCUCUGCAGGAGCGGAACACCCGGCUGUGCCUAGUUCUGCUGCAGAAGGCAGCUCCAUUGCCACCGGGCGAGGAUUUAUUAGCGGCGGAAAGGGCAGCCAGCCUGACCAGCGCCUGUGGCAUUACCAGCAAGAUGUUGUUCAUCCUCCCACACACGGAGCACCUCACGGGCUACGCGUUACGGCUAGAAUCGGCAUUUUUGGACAUGGCCCAGUCGUAUUAUGCGCUUAUGUCUAAGCGUAUACGAAACCACCGGGAUCAGUUGACGGCAGCCCACACUUCUCUGAAGAUACGGCAUCAGUUCAAGCUUGGAUUCGUGGCGGAGAUGCGGCAGGACUUUAGCACGGGACAGAAGCACUACUUUCAGGCCUAUGCCAAUCUGGACGAAAUACGGAUAAACGAUGGGAAUUGUCUGGAGAUUAAAACCCUCGCCGGUUUCUUGAACUACAAAAUCUGCAGGUUAAUGUUUAAGCUGAAGACCCCGAGGGAUGCCAUCAAUCAGUUCAUUAUCCAUGUGGAGAAGUACAAGUCCCGUGUGGGCUUCAAGGAUCUGGCCUUUGAACAUCAUGCCUGGCUGAGCACGCAACACUCUGUCUUCGCUGAACUCUUUUGCGAGGCCAUCAAGAACGGCCUGCCCGCCUUGCAGACCCAGCAUCCGGGUAUCUAUUACCACAAGGCGGCGGAAUAUGUGAUGAAGCGACGUGACUCGGCCCAGUUAGCUUAUGCCACACUUUUGAGUUCCUCGGAGUCUGCGCCUGCCACACCAAAUCCCAAUUCUCUGUCUCUGUACACGGAGUUCUUUGGGAUUCGGGCGGUCAAGACGGGCGAUUUGGUUGCCGAGCAGCAGGCCAAUUUGCAGCUGUGUGAAAUGGAACGCAGCUUUAACCACUCGUCGGGGAUCAUAGCUUUGUUGAGCCAGGCCAUGGCCCAGUUUAAGAUCUACAAGUGCCUCAGGUUUCGCAAGAAACUAGCCAUUGACAUGGCCGAGGAGUACCUUAAGAGCGGCGAUCAUGCCAAGGCCUUGACCUUGUAUUCGCUGAUGCUGCCGGAUUAUCGGCAGGAGAAGUGGUCUACCAUAUUUACCGACGUUCUGCUGAAGACCCUGCGCUGUGCCUUGCUCUCGGGCUCUGUGGCUGACUACAUUGCCUGCAGCAUUGAAGCUCUGUCCCUGCGCCACCAUCGUGGCGAGCAGGCGGAACGUAUACUGUUAAUAGAGAACCUCUGGCAGGUGUUCCAGGGCAUGCCGCCCAUGCCGAAGACUCAGCUGAGCAGCGAGACGCAGGCAUUGUGGACGAGUGCUUUGGCCAGCGUGAAGUCACCCAUUCAAAUCGAUUUGGAUAAGGUCAGCGAUGUGGUGGAGAUGUGUGCCACAUUCGACAGAGUGCAGCUGAACAACGACGACGUGGUGCAGUUGCAACUGAUAGUGAGGGUUCUCACGGAUGUCCCGCUGAGAGUGCGCCACUUUCAUGUCAUUCUGGCCGAUGCGGGGAAUCCCCAAAAUAGCUACAAGCUGGAGGCUCUCAAGUAUUUUUGCUUUCCCAGCCUUACGCAGCUGCGGCAGAAACAGGUGGAGGAGCAGCCUCAACCCUUUGAGAAGAACAUGAGAUUGGAGCCUGGUUCAUACUACCAACUGCUCUGCACCACGGAGGCCCAGCAGUUUCAUGAGAACACUCAGCUGCGCAUUGUUCGUUUGGAGGCCCACAUGGGCACCGACCAGGUGGCUGCCCUGCUCACCUCGAGCUCGAGUUACUCGCGCCAAUUGUUCCGGCAUCACACGCGCAGCCGGGAUCUCGAUGACAACGUGACGAUCAAUCCCAUUUGUUACAUUGCGCCCACGUUUCAUCUGGACACGCAAACGAACCUCGGUCAUGGCCAGGAGAAUAAUAAUGGCAUGGAUGAGCAGGAAGCCGUGGUGGCCACCACGCGAAUGCUGGUCAAUGAAUACUAUCCCGUUGUGAUCACCAUCAGCAAUCCGUACAAUGUCUAUCUGCAGAAUGUGGGCGUACACAUCAGUGUACCCGGAAAUCUACGGAACAGUGUUUUCCUCACCACGGACAUCUCACCGGGUCGCCAGAAGCUUCAUGCCCAGAUCCAAAUCGAUGUGGGAGAGUUAUCUGCCCAUGGCAGCAACACGGCCACCUUCUACAUCUUCAGCCUGGCGGAGGCGGAAAUCAAGCUGCAGCAGAGGCUUAGCUAUACCUUGGAUGUGGAUCGUGGUCCCGGUGGAGCCAAUGCAGCCAGGGUCAGCACAGCAGCGAACAGCUCGGCGGAGUCCACGCCCGAUCACGAGGUGAAAGGUGUGCCCAGCAAUAGCCUGGCUACGAUUUCACCCGUGCAGAUUGAGUACCUGGAUGAGACGAGGCUGCGGAAGUCAAGGGAGGAUGUGCUGACGGUAAGGUGCUAUGGGGACUUUAAGUUUGCUGCCCGCUUCUACACGCUGGAUAGGAAGCCUCUGGGUCAGCUGUAUCGCGGGGAGAACUUUCUGCUGCGAGCCAAUACAGAGGUGAUGGCCGUGGACGAUGUGGAGAUACUAGACAGCUUCUUUAUAUGUGAUCACAAUUUAGUGCAAUCAAACUACAGCUUUAAGCGAAAGAAAUACACCAACAAGUACAGUGCCGGUGAGCAGCUGGAGAGCGUGAUAGUGCUCCGCACGAAUGCCACUUUGAGGGACUGGACAACUGCCCGGGAUGUGGAUCAUCGGGGCAAGCUGGAGGGCAAACCAGUGGCUAGUAAGUUUAUAAGGCCAGCCCCCAAACCAACGACGAUCGAGGAGAUUGCCUCUGCUGCCACUCCUGUGCCACCUGCCGGCAUCAGUGCCUACAUGAGCAAGAGUCUGGUGGCCAAGAUACCCACCACCAUGACCAUCAUCAAUAGCAACUCGGCGGUGUCCAAUGCCCUGCAGGUGGCCAAUGCGGGUGUGAUGACCAGCUCCCUGCAUUCGGAGGAGGCCAAUGAAGCUAGCGAGGCAACAAUAGGAGUUGGCCAGGAGAACCUCAAGACCACUCGCUUGGUGUACAACAAGGCCUUGGAAGCUGUCCAGGGUACGGGACAUUGUCGAGGUUUCAUCAAGGGUGUCUACACGCUGGAACCAGAGCGGGCGUCUGCUGUGCCCAUCUUUGGGGUGUUCUGCAUCCGUUGGCGACGCGCCAAUGGCAAGGAGGAGAACGAGUCCAAGUUUGUGAUCAGUGGAAUGGAUAUAGCAGAGCCGCCGCUGAAUAUCUACUGCACCAUCGAGGAGAAGAUGUUCGUGAAGAUGCCCAUGGCCUUCAAGGUGGUGCUAAAGAAUCCCACCACGCAUGUCCUCCACCUGAUAGCGAACCUGAGCAUCAGCAAGACGGAUAACUUUAUUUGCUCGGGGCACAAGCAGCUGGACAUCUCCAUAAUGGCCUACGAGGAGAAGGAACUGGUCUACAACCUGUAUCCCCUGCAGGUGGGCUGGCAGGAGCUGCCUGUACUGAGUCUGGAGUACAAUACCAAGGCGGAUCCGCAGAAGAAUGAAAGCCAGAAUGCCUUGCUUGAUGAGCUGGUGCAGCGGGCGCUGCCCAAAAGAGUCUUUGUGCUGCCCCCUCUGAAGCAACAGAACAAGUAGAAAACAAAGCCGCCUAAUCUUAAGUGUUUUAAAGUUUACAAUAAAAGUAUAAACAACUCGGGUGUGUGUAGUAAA